AGCGCUGCAUAAACGACGGUCGAUCACCAUCCCUAACCCGCCCCCCUUCCUUCUACCCUUACAGACGAUGACAUGAUUCUGGACAUGCCCGACGGCUACCGUACCCCGGGCCCCCCCCUGGACCUGGAGCCUGGGCAGACGGCCAUGAGCCCCCACCUGGGACCCCCCCAUCCCGGCCCCCCGCAUCACCCAUUCAUCCAUGGAGCCGGCACUCCCCCGUACAUGGCCGGCGCAGGCGGGCACUCCCCCAGUGGCCCUGUGCCCCCCCACCCCAUGGCCGCCCCGUUCCCUUACUCGGAACCCUUACCGCCCUACCAGACGCCCAUGACAGCCGCAGCCGCCGCCGCAGCCGCCGCCGCCGCAGCCUCCGCGGCCGCCAGCGGAAGCGUGAGCGUCAUGGCGGGCGGCCCUGCCAGCGACCUCAGUUCGAACGGCUCGAACCCCAGCUACCCCGAGUUCCCGCCCUCGCCCGACUCCUGGCUGGGCGACAUGCAGCAGGAGCACCACCAGCAGUACUAG